AUGGCUAGCGAUAACUCAAACAAAGAAAACCGCAAAACUGAUGCAACCGGCCCCGAUCACAACUCCCCCUUCUACCUUCAUUCUUCCGAUUAUCCAAGACAAAUGCAUGUCAACGAUGCAUUAACCGACAACAACUAUCUUGAUUGGGUCCAAGAAAUGGAAAAUUUCUUGUUUGCUAAAAACAAGAGAGGAUUCAUCGAUGGGACCAUCARGAAGCCUGAAACAGAUGAUACAAGUUACAUGGCAUGGAUGCKAUGUGACRCAAUGAUCAAGGGAUGGCUCACCAYGGCCAUGGAAAAGGAGAUCCGCGGAAGCGUGAAAUAUGCCAAUUCUGCAUCGGAAAUCUGGAAAGACCUUCAAGAAAGGUUUGGAAAAGAAAGUGCGCCUCGUGCAUACGAAUUAAAGCAAGCUAUCUCGAACACAAGGCAAGACGAGAUGACCGUAUCGGCCUAUUACACGAAACUGCGAGGGCUAUGGGAUGAGAUGCAAUCCUUCCUCCCUACUCUCAAAUGCAAAUGUAAUGGCUGCACUUGUGGUGUUGGAAAAUCUCUCAAAGAGCUUCGAGAAAAGGAACAACUCUAUGAGUUCCUCAUGGGUCUCGAUCGAGAGUUCUCCAUCAUCAGAACUCAGAUCCUCGCAACAAAACCCAUUCCAUCCUUAGGAAAUGCCUACCACCUAGUCGCCGAGGAUGAGCAGCAAAGAACCAUAGCCGGAGCAAAGAGAUUGGUAGAUGCGUUGAAAGAUAAGCGGGCAGCCUAUGAGCAGCAACCGGAGGAAGAACAGGGAAAGAAGGAAGAAUUGGAACGCACACAGAAGGAGCAAGCAUAUUAG